GUGUUUGUUGCGGCUGGGCAUGGGGCGUGGGGGAUUUCGCAGUGUUUGGGGACGGGGAAGGUGGUGGGGGAGAUGGUGGAGGGGCGGGAGACGAGUGUGGAUGUGGGUGGGUUGGGUAUCUAGGUUUGGGAGAUGAUAGUUUAUUAUAAGUCGUUUAGAAUCUAUUCUAUCGUACUGGACAGAGUACUAUCCAUGCUAUGAUCAUCUGGUCCGACCGUCUCACCACCCCUUCCUCACUUCCUCGUCUGCUUCUUCAUGACCGCGUUGAUCACAAGCGGCCGCACCUCAGUCUUGAGAUACGGCACUACCUUUUUCGUGAACAGCUUCUUGAGUUCGGCCUUGCCUCUCUCCUGCUCUUCCUUUGUGAGCAUCUUGUCCAUAAACGCCCGGGCGUUUUCGUAUUGGCUUCGUUUGGCUACUGUCUCGCUUGGCGUCGUGGUAGGGCAUGAUGCUGGGGGUGUGGCUUCAGUUGUUUGCACGUGUGGGUUUGGCUGUGCUGCGGCUGUGUGGGCUUGGGGAGGCGGGUUUGUUGUCUGGGGUGUCUUGGGUUUUGGCAUGGUUUUGGCUGGGGUUUGGGUUUGUGUGUUGUGAUGUUUGUGAUGUUUUCUGUGAGAGUAGUACUACGGGAUAUUGAUAGAUUAUCACGUCCG